ACGUGUUCCAGAGCUGAUUUAUCUUUAUCAGCAUAUAACAAUCCUGUCCAGCAACAUAGCUGUUAAAAUGUGCAGCAACAGGGCUAAACAAACACCUGUAGCCUCAAGACACCACUCCCCUCCAUGCCUACCUCCUGACAGUCUAGCACACUAUCUAUGGUACUUCCACAUCCAGUUUCUUUGUUUACAGCUUUGGUGAACAUUUGAAGUCUUGUGCACACAGACAUGUGGGCUGCAGCAGCAUGUGGAAGGAAGCUGUAGUUUUGUACCAGAUCCUGAUACUUAGUCGACCACUGUGGGCUGUGGACGACCUCUCGGCUGAGAUCACGCCUCAGAACUGCAGUCUGGAAUGUGUUCAACAGGGAAGACCUGGAUGUAAAUACUGCAGAAUAACCAGAGAUGAUGUGAAGAAGACUCUGGGUGUACAGUUAUUUGAAGCAUUUGGAAGUUGUAUUCCGUGGCCAUGCUUUGAGCUUAUAGGUGGAGAAGAUAUUGACAUAUGUCAACAUUAUGUCCAUGCUCCAAAUGAUGUGACGAUUAAGUUUCUAGAGGAUCCAAACCCAAAUUCAGACACCAUCGUUGUGUCCUGGAAGCCCAGUUACUACGGGAUCGCCUUCCUGAAAGGCUUUCAGGUGUCCCUUCAGGCUCUUGGAGGUUUCCUUGUUGGGUGUCAGCUCUUUCUCUUCCACCGUAACCUGUCGCUCUCCCCCUCAGAUGCUCAAAAGGUGUACAAGUCGGACCCUUUCCCCGGCCUCCCCCUGGACUCCCAGUACGCUGUUACCGUCAUGGCUCUGCCAGUGCCAGAACAGUGGCCAGAUUUCUACCACAGCAAGACCUUCUCCACUCGCUCGUGCGCAGAGAAAAAUGGUCUCGAGCAAUGCAAACGAGACUGGUACCCCAAACACAUUGAGGUCCAGCAGAAAGGGACAACAGUCACUGUCACUUUUAAUUUGGCUCCUCCACACCUCGGCAUUACAAGUUACUUCUCACAGUGUUACACCAAAGGCAUGAAGAAAUACACAGAUAUCAGACCUAAUUUUGCCAGAAACAAAACCCACUACACGUACCAGCUGCUCGGCCUUCAACAAGGAACCAAUUACACCUGUCAGAUUGCAGCUAAUGAAGUGGAUGCAGUGAGGAAGACAUUCACUGUUCACGUCCUGCAAAAUCCACAUGAACCACCUUUGCCUCUCAGUGCCUCGGUCUCCAUGUCUGUGAUGCUUCCACUUGUCCUGGCUCUGGCUGCCAUGUUUGGACUCCUCCUGGUCACUGUGAUCAGGAGGAGGCACAAGGUGCAGGUGAAAAAAGUGGACAUAAAUGAAGAUAUAAUUCAGUACCACGAAGAGAGCAGGAUACAGGAGGAGGUGGUGCCACUGCCCGGGAAGACAUUUAGCCCUCCUCGUCUUCUGAUUUGCUACAGUGGUCAUGAUGGCCUUGCCCACAUCAAGGCUGUGAUGCAUUUAGGAGCUUUUAUACAGCAGCACAUGGCCACUCAGGUCUUCCUGGAUUUGUGGGACUCUCUCGCUGUUUCAGAAGAAGGCAGCAUGGCCUGGUACUGCCGGCACAUUCAGCAGAGCAAUUUUGUCUUGGUCAUCUGUUCUCAGGGUCUCACCUGCAGAUCUUGUCCUCGACCUCCAGACGAUUAUGAACAAAUACAAGAAGCUGACAGACGACAGGGCUGUGAGUCCGCCAUCUGCAGCUCUAAUGCUGAUGUGGCCAUCCACCUGAUAAGAGAGGAGGUAGGCCGAGCUAAAGCCAGGGGUCAGGACCUGUCAAAGUACAUGACAGCUGUUUUUGAAUAUUCUGAUGCAACUGUCAUCCCCACUGAGCUGAGACUGGUGCCUAACUACACACUGAUGAGUGAUUUACCCCUGCUCUUCUCUCACCUCCAUGGAGUGGCUCUGCACAGACCUGGGAGCUACCUGAAGAUAAAUCAAAUCUCAGAGGACGCUUUUAAGAAGUUACCAGCUGGAGAAGCUCUGCAGCUGGCUAUCUAUGAGGCUGGGAUGACCCUGUCCAGAAGAACCAUACCACUCUGAGGACAGGGAGGGCUCCACUCACUCAUUCACACUGCUAAUACAAACACAUGGAACAACAAUUUGGCCUGAAGGUAGAAUUUCAAGAUGAGCAGCAUAUUUGAUGGUUUGGUUCCCAGCACACUCACUGUUGCCUGACAAGUAAAAAGUGUUCCGUCUUUGCUGAUGUGGCCUUAAACAACUAACUGAAACCACACCCACUGCUACCCCAGUGGCUGAAACAGUGCACUUUGACCUCCGAAUUAUGUUAACAUUCAGUACAGAUAAACAUCUUUCAAAUGUAUUUUGUUAACUACAUCAUGUGUG